AUGUCUUUUUCAGGUCUGGAAUACAUCGAGGAUCACCUGGAAGAAGAGUGCUUGAAUCAGUCACCAGGUAUUGGCUCCUGUGCCUCUGAUGAAAAGGACUUCUUUGCAAGCAUGAAGCCAACUCAUGGAUCUGGUGGGGGACAGGGAUGCCCACUUGAUGAACAUGAAGAAGACGACUAUGAUGAAGAAGCUGAGCUUCAAGAUGUUGGUGCCAUCCUGACUGAUGACACAGGCCUUGAUGUACAGAUAUUAGAAAAGAGCAGUGAAGAUGCAGCACCUCAGCCUCUGGAAGAAGCAGAAAAGACUUUGUCCCUGAAUGAGUGUAAUUCAGAGGAGAGCAGAGAGGAUGAGGAGCUACAGCCUGAGAGAAAGAGCCUGGAGGACUUCAACUUCCUCAGUGUGCUUGGAAAGGGUACAUACGGGAAGGUGAUUUUGUCCGAGCUCAAAGGCACUGAUGAGGUGUAUGCGCUGAAGUUUAUGAAGAAGGAAACGAUUUGGGAAUAUGAAAACAUCAGCUGCACCUUCAUGGAGAGGCGGAUCUUGGCUCUGGCCAGUGAACACCCCUACCUGACCCACCUCUACUGUAGCUUCCAGACCAGCGACUCACUGUGCUUCGCAAUGGAAUUUGUGAAUGGCGGGGAUCUUGCAUUUCACAUUUCCUGUUCAUGUGGAUUUGAUGAACCCCGCACCAGAUUUUAUGCUGCUGAGAUCGCCUGUGCCCUCAUGUUCCUCCACCGCAACGGGAUUAUUCACAGAGAUCUCAAACCCGGAAACAUCCUCCUAGAUGCCGAUGGCCACUGCAAGCUGGCUGACUUCGGCUUGUGCGCAGAGGGAAUACUAGACGGCAAGACUGCCAACACUUUUUGUGGCACACCCAACUACAUGGCACCAGAGGUGUUACAGUAUUGGGAAUACGACACAUCGGUGGAUUGGUGGGCCCUAGGUGUGAUCAUGUACGAGAUGAUGACAGGCUACGCUCCGUUUCAUGAUCACAACGAGGAGAAGAUGUUUGAGUCCAUCAUCAGUGCUGAACCGGAAUAUCCAUCAGACCUCAGCAGGAAUGCGAUCAGCAUCCUCAAAGCGUUCCUGAGGAAGAAGCCCAUGGAUCGUCUCGGCUGUGUGGUGUCCGAGGGCAAGGAGAAUGCCAUCAAAGCUCACCCUUUCUUCAGUGAGAUCAACUGGUCAUGGCUGGAACAGAGGAAUAAUUUUGAUGGCAGAUUCACCUGUGAGGAGCCCAAGCUUUCUCAUGGGAAUCUCUCCUUCUUCAUCCAGUCCAUCCAAGAGGAGUUUGAUGGCUUCUCAUUUAUUAACACUAAAUAUUAACUUUGCUGACCCUACACACCCCUCACACACACUCCUCACCCUCCUGCCCCCAGGAAAAAAAUACAGAAGCAUUUGAGCCUCACAACCAGACUGUGUAACAGUUUCUUUCCUCCAGCCAUCAGACUCAACACCCAGAACAGAACAUUCAUAUUCAAUAUACAUCUAUGUUUA